AUGAGGCCCGACAACCACAGUGCCAACACUGACUUCAUCCUCCUGGGACUCUUCUCCUCUUCCCACUCCAGUGUGGUCUUCUUCUCCUUCCUGUUUGGCCUUUUCAUUGUGACCCUAACAGAAAACGCCCUCAUGAUCCUGCUCAUCCGCAGGGACCCGCGCCUCCACACCCCCAUGUACUUCCUGCUCAGCCACCUGUCCUUCAUGGACAUCCUGCACAUUUCCAACAUCGUUCCCAAGGUGAUCGCCGACUUCCUGACAGGCCGCAGAGCUAUUUCCUUUGCAGGCUGUGGGAUCCAGGUAUUUCUGUCCCUCACGCUGCUGGGUGGUGAGUGCCUCCUCCUGGCUGCCAUGUCUUGUGACCGCUAUGUGGCCAUCUGCCACCCCCUGCGCUACCCAGUGAUCAUGAGCGAGAGGGUCAGUGUGCUCAUGGCUGCAGGGUGCUGGCUGGUUGGGACCCUCAACGCCAUGGUGCACACAGGGCUGGUACUGCACUUACCCUUCUGUCGCUCUAGAGUGAUUGAUCACUAUUUCUGUGAAAUUCCUGCCAUGUUGAAGCUGUCCUGUGCAGACACCUCAAGCUAUGAACGAGGGGUUGAUGUGAGCGCCAUCCUAUUUCUGCUGAUCCCUCUCUCCAUGAUCUGUGCAUCUUAUGUGCAAAUUCUUCUCACUGUCCUCAGGAUGAAGUCAUCAGAGGCCCGGAAGAAGUCCUAUUCCACCUGUUCCUUCCACAUGGUUGUGGUCAUAAUGUACUAUGGGCCCUUUAUUUUCACAUAUAUGAGACCCAAGUCAUACCACACUCCAGGCCAGGAUAAGUUCUUGGCUAUAUUCUACACCAUCGUCACGCCCACGCUCAACCCUGUCAUCUACAGCUUCCGGAACAAAGAUGUCUUGACGGCCAUGAAAAACGUGCUCAGAAGUAGCUUCCCAUAUAGAAAAUGA